GCCAAUUUUCCUAAGGAAAACAAGGAUUUGUCCACCUGCGCCCAGCGUAGGAACUGGGCCAUACUCCAAUAUCCUCCGGCGCCGUAAACACUAGCCCAGUCCGGCUUCAUUCGCAGCAUUUUCUCUUUCCCUCUGUUGGUGUCACUCCCUGAUUUUUCUCCCACUUCUCUCUAAUUUGAAAAUUUUACCGUAAUGUCUCAGAUUGAUACCAGAAAUUCUUCUUCUACUAAACGUGCCCGAACUGAUGGUGGCCGUAGGGAAGAUGAUUGGACCUGUCCUAGCUGUGGCAAUGUCAAUUUCUCAUUUAGGACAACCUGCAAUAUGCGCAACUGUACUCAGCCUAGGCCUGCUGAUCACAAUUCUAAAUCUGCUGCCAAGACUGUGCAAGCACCUCAAAGUUUUUUGUCCUCAGCUCCCUAUGUAGGCUCUGGUGCACUAUCCUCAAUGUAUAUGGGUAUGUCACCUUAUGGUUCGUCUCUAUUCAACGGGAUCCCAUUCACUGGGGGCUCUGCAUAUCAUUAUAACUAUGGAAGCCGUUUUGCUGGAGGCAGCCCAUAUCGACCCUUGCAUUUAUCUGGUCCAGCUCCUUACUCUAGUGGGCCCAUGAUGGCAAACGGUGGAAUGUAUGGUGUGCCAGCAAUGAUGGACAGGUAUGGCUUGGCUUUGCCUAUGGGCCCCGCCAUGGGGCCAAGACCUGGUUUUUUCCCCGAGGAUGAACCUCAAAAGAAAGGUGGAGGUGGAAUGCGUGAUGAUGAUUGGAAGUGUCCCAAAUGUGGUAACGUCAACUACUCGUUCAGAACAGUUUGUAACAUGAGGAAAUGCAAUACACCUAAGCCUGAAUCACAGAGUGGAAGAUCUGGAAAGAUUGCAAAACAAGACAUGCCAGAGGGGAGCUGGAAGUGUGAGAAAUGCAACAAUAUAAACUACCCUUUCAGGACUCAAUGUAACCGACAGAAUUGUGGAGCUGAUAAACCUUCUGACCUUUUAAAUUCUUCCCCAGGAGCAUCAGAAAAUGAUCAGUGAGUACUAAGCAUGUUUGAGAAGGUCCAGAAUUUUCAUCCAGCAUUGCUCAGUGUGGGUGUCUGAAAGUCAGUCAUGAUAUCUUCCUGUUGCAGCGGUUUGUCUAGUUACUCUCCCUUCUUACCUUCUGUGUCAAGUUUAAAAUGCAUUAGAGUUCUGGUCUUUGAUUCAGCUGGAAAUUAUCGCUCUGCCCUUGAGUUUGUGUUCUAGAUUCUCUAUAUUCAUAGAGGAUUAUGUGCAGACCUGCACUUUAGGUCUAUUUGAUACUAAUAUUAUUAGAAAUUGUGGUGUUGAAUUUGCGUGCUACCUCUUCAUAUUAGCGUUUACGAAGUGUGACCUAUCAUGAUGACACAGCUUAAGGGUGUUGAAGUUUUGACA